AUGAUUAUUGAUGAACUUAAUUCAAAUACUUAUUAUGUUUGUGAUUCUUCAUCAAAUAUUUCUUCAAUUGAAAUUUUAUGGAUCGAUGAUCUUGAAGAAAAACAAAAGAAAAUUUCAUCAACAAAUGUUCAACAUUUAAUUAAAUCAAAUGAUUCAAUUCAACAAAUAGGUUUAAUUCAAACAAAUAAUAAAGGACAAUGGUUAGCUAUGAUUACUAAAACACAAAUAAAUCAACAAAAGGAAUUAAUUCUUAUUCGUCCUCCUUCUUUAUCUCUUACAACAUUGAAUUCAACAUCAAUUAAAUCUUUACCUUUAACUGAAAAUAAUAAAACUAAUAAAUCAAAUUUAUCAUCUGAUUUUAUUCAUCGUAUUCGUAAAAUUUUUUCUCGCGAUCAAUCAUUACCAAAUAAAACACUUUGA